UUUUAUAGUCUUCUGUUAAUUGAGCAAUAUGAAAGAGAAAGUAUAACAAAAGUCUUAGUAGUUUAAGUCUAUCUUUCCGUACAAACCCUUUAAUGAAUGCUGAAAGGUACCUGUCUUAUUUUUAAUGUUGUUAUUCACAUUUUUGUUGUGAAACAAAUCAUCAAAUAGUCAGCACGAUGCAUUUGCCACAAAAGCAUCCUAGUGCAAAAUAAGUAUAAUAAUAUCACAAUUAUAAAAAUUAGAUGUCGGAUUUUUAUGUAGAUAGACUUUAGCUUAAUUGUUUGUCACUUAAAUCGUUUAAUGUUACUAAUAGAUUGAAUGAACUAUAGGGACAUGCAUGUUAAAAUAGUUAAUUCAAUUACAAAUAUAUUGAAAAUUAGUAUUGUCUGUUUGCUCAUUCAAUUAGUAAUAUUGUUGAUAAGAUACCCAAAAAAAGGAAAAAACAAAUCAUCAAAUAACUUAUUUUAUUAAUUGAAAUUCUUUGCAUAUAAGUACGUAAUUGUUCUUGUUUUCUAUGAAGAGUAAAUCCCAUAACAAAUAGUACAGAAUUUUAAAAUAUAGGGUAGUUAUUUAUUUUAUUUACAAAUUUCUGUUUUUACGAAUAAGCUUAGAAUAUAAGGUUACGGUAGGAGAAGACAACACUUACGAAGUCGUUGAUAUAUAUAGACAACAGUGCAGAAUUGAAUACCUGUUUAUGAGGGCGCCUUAGUAUAUGUCGAUGGUUGUUACGUCAUUUUGUGAGUAAACAACUUCAUUUGACUUUAGUAACGGUCAUUGACAGUUAGUCGCGUUAAUGGUCGAGAUUGAAGCGUGUGGAAAAGUGUUGUGAAAAUAAGUUUUUCGUGUGUUAAGUACCUAUCUACGUAAUAAGUGCUUGUGUCGUUAAGAUAAAAAACCUUCAUGAUGAGAUGUGCUGUGUUUGGUUGCCAUUCUGAUAAUCAGUCCAAGAGAUUUAAAAAGGAUAUAAUGUUCUUUAGCUUUCCCAGUGAUAAAAAGAUUAGUGACAUUUGGAAAAAUCUGUGUCACAGAUCGGAUAACUUCAAUGUGAAAACUUCCCGAAUUUGUUCCAAACAUUUUGUACAGUCUGAUUAUAAUUUGAAACAUCUGUUGGUAUUGUUUAAUGACAAAUCAAAUAAGUUUAGAAGAUUAAAACCUGACAGCAUUCCUUCACAAUUCUUAACAACAAGUGUCGUAACAUCAUCGUCACGAUCAAGAAGGAAACGACAAAGAAUUAAAGCAAAUAGAGAAAUAUUUCAAGAUGUGAUCAAUACUUUUCCUACGGUGCAACGGGUCGUAACUAUCACAAAUGUAUUUGGUAAUCUUGAGAAAAUCGAUCAAAUUAAAGCUUGGAAAAGAGUUUUAAAAAUUAAAAAUGUCAGUUCAUGUACAAGAGUUUGCUCACUUCAUUUUAAAAAAGAUGACUACAUUUUUCCGGAUGUUGCAGUAAAACGCAGAAAACUGAAAAGGAAUGCUGUCCCGUCUAAUAACUUACCUAAUGUCAAAAUAGAUAAUAGUCGCGAAACUCGAAAAAUUAAUCGACGUAAAAAAAUUGAAGAAUUAAUAGAGAAGCAGGAAAAAGAUUUAGUAUCAGAAGAAUUAGAUCAUAACUCAUCAAACGGUGAAAAUUUAUGGAAUGUUCAAGCAGAAGUAGCACCUCUAACGCCAUCAAUGCUAGAUGUUGAAGUAGUAAAUGAUAAAAAAAAAGAACGUCAACAAAGAUACAGAGAGCAGAACAGAGAAAAACUAAAAGAACGUGAAGCGGAAAAGAGAACACUUAAACAAAAUUUACAAAUUAUUACAGAGUCAUCUACAAACAUAAAUAUAAUAGAAUUAAAUAAUGAAAAAACAACAGGUGCUAAUUCUCAAAGUUUAUCUGGUUUGGAAGGAAUACAAGCUUCAUCCCUUCAAGAAAAUGAGCAAACUGUAGAAAAGGAAGCUAUUCAAAAAAGACGAGAACAUCAUCAAAGACACAGAGAACAGAACAGAGAAGAACUGAAGCAGCAUGAAACUGAAAAAAGACAAUGUCAACAAAAUUCAGAAAAAAUUAGUGAAGCAAUAAUAGAUGACCCACUGAUAGAAUCUCCUAACCAAAUAGAAAUAUGCAAGCCAAAAACGGCUGCUGAACGUAUGAAAGCAUACAGAGCUCGUAAAAAAGCUGAAAUGGGAAGCUACUGUAAACAAAUAGAAAUAUACAAACCAAAAACUUUCGUUGAAUGUAUGAAAGCAUAUGGAACUUGUAAAAAAGCUGAAGAGGAAAGCUGCCAUAACCAAAUAGAAAUAUGCAAACCAAAAACGACUGCUGAACGUAGUAGAGCAUAUAGAAUUCGUAAGAAAGCUGAAAAGGAAAGCUACUGUAAGCAAACAGAAAUAUGUAAACCAAAAACGGCAGCAUACGGAACCUGUAAUAAAUUUGAAGAAGAAGGCUACCAUAAACAAAUAGAAAUAUGCAAACCAAAAACGGCUACUGAACGUAGUAGAGCAUACAGAAUUCUUAAAAAAACUGAAAAGGAAAGCUACUGUAAACAAACAGAAAUAUGUAAACCAAAAUCUGCCGUUGAACGUAUGAAAGCAUAUGGUACUUGUAAUAAAUUUGAAGAGGAAAGUUGCAGCUACCAUAAACAAAUAGGAAAACGCAAACCAAAAACGGCUGCUGAGCGUAAUAGGGCAUACAGAAUUCGUAAAAAAGCUGAAAAGGAAAGGUACUGUAAACAAACAGAAAUAUGUAAAACAACAACUGCUGUUGAACGUAUGAAAGCAUAUGGAACUUGUAAUAAAUUUGAAGAGGAAAGCUACCAUAAACAAAUAGAAAAACGCAAACCGAAAACGGCUGCUGAACGUAGUAGAGCAUACAGAAUUCGUAAAAAAGCUGAAAAGGAAAGGUACUGUAAACAAACAGAAAUAUGUAAAACAACAACUGCUGUUGAACGUAUGAAAGCAUAUGGAACUUGUAAUAAAUUUGAAGAGGAAAGUUGCAGCUACCAUAAACAAAUAGGAAAACGCAAACCAAAAACGGCUGCUGAGCGUAAUAGGGCAUACAGAAUUCGUAAAAAAGCUGAAAAGGAAAGGAACUGUAAACAAACAGAAAUAUGUAAAUCAAAAACGGCAACAUACGGAACUUGUAAUAAAUUUGAAGAGAACGGCUACCAUAAACAAAUAGAAAUAUGCAAACCAAAAACGGCUGCUGAACGUAGUAGGGCAUACAGAAUUCGUAAAAAAGCUGAAAAGGAAUGCUACUGUAAACAAACAGAAAUAUGUAAACCAAAAACGGCCGUUGAACGUAUGAAUGCACACGGAACUUGUGAAAUAUUUGAAGAGGAAGGCUAUCAUCAACAAAUAGAAAUAUGCAAACCAAAAACGGGUGCUGAACAUUUGAGAGUGUAUAGAAAUCGUAAAAAAGCUGAGAAGGAAAGGACUGACAAUCGAGUUGAAGUUGAGAAUUAUGGAAUUUCGAUCAAAAUGGAAGAUGAUUCGGAGUACGAUUAUUAUGGGCACACAGAAAUUAAGGAAGAAAAGUGGAACAUUGAAAACAUUGUCAAAAAGGAAUCGGACUCAUUCUUGAAUGGUCAAGAUUUUGAAGAUGAUUAUUCUGGUUCAAUGAAAGUUGAAGUAAAAGAAGAACCAUCACCCACCACUUCUGACUUAGAAUCUGAAGAAAAUAAUGAUCAAAACAGUAUUAGUGGUGCAAUUAAAACAGAGCAUCCAAUUGAUGAUCUUCAGUCACCGGCCUGUUCUUUACAAGCAAAACUGCCCUCAUCCUUAACUAAUUGUCAGCUACCUGCUAAUUCAGCUCUUUUACUAAUUCCUACAGUCCAAGGGACUGCUAGUACAGUAACUUUGCUUAAUCUAAACACGUUAUCACCAGUCAAUCUAUCAAGUAUAUUACCAAAUCCACUGCCACCGUUAGUAUUGAAUGCAAAACCUGGAGGAAAUCAGUUGUCUGUUCCAACAGGACAACCAUUUCAAAACAAGGAGUGACAAUAAUUGAUACAUAUUAUUGAACUAAAAAAUAUUUGCACUGCAAACCUGAGGAGAAUAUAAGACUAUCUGUUAUUUUAUUUUGAAAUAAGAGAAAUUAUUGUUGAUUAUUGUUGAGAUAAAAUGAUAAUAAAUCAAUUUCUUACUUUCUUGA